AUGGAAGCCGUCGAGGUGGAUGCAGGGGAGAUCUUCUUGUUGCCGACGCGCGCAGUUGACGGCGACGUGGACGACGACGCCAGCCUCAGCGAGUUUUCAGAAGUGCGUCGGACGACGUGAAGUCUGUGUUUUACGCAUAAGAAUUUCUAGAAGGAGUUCGGUGUUUACUUAUCGGAAAACGAGGCGAAGGAGGUGGAAAGAUUCUGCGAAGAGGCGGACGUCGACGUCGAUGGACGCGAAUUUCCGCACGAUGCCAUUUUCGACUCUUUCCAUGAGGUCAACUGUUCAUAGAAUGUCUUGAAAACUCGAAAAGUAUGGGAAAUCGAUGAAUGAUUCCCAUUCGCCCAAUGAAAAAGAAUGAUUCGCCCAAUGAAUUGAACUUCGUAAAAUAAUAUCACGAAAUUUUCUUUACAAGGGAGGUCUUUUUACUUUGCGGUUUCGAACAUCCUGAAAAUUAGUCAGAAGACUCCUCGAUGUACCAGAUGAAGAUCCUGGACGCCUCAACCUGCACGAAAUUCUAGUUUUUCGAAAGAGGAAACCUCAAAAUCAAAACCCUAAAAUUCGUUGAAAUAGGUUAUCGUGGGACUUUGAGCCCUCAUUUAUCUAGAACUAAAAAGUUGUGCGGGUUGAGAUUUUCAGGAUCUAUUUAAAAUACAACAAGAAGAGAUCUGGUAAGUUUUCAGGAAGUUCCUGUUCACAAAGUGAAAUGGGUUUCCUUGUUAGAAGGUUUUAAAGAAGUUUCCAACUUUGAAGAAAUUAAAUAUUAUGGGAUACAAAUGCUGAAGGAGAAUAGCAAAUUCCUCGAAUCAGUUGGAAAUUAUUAGGCUGCGGAAUUCGCGCCUUGUGCUUUGGCUGGAGAGCCAGUCGAAGUGGAGUGCGUGGCGCUGUGGGACCACUUCGGCGGCAACACUUUCGCCGACGCCAACGUCCUUGCCGGCGAGACGGUUCUGGUGGUGGCUGAAGAAUACCAGUGAGUUCUGGAGAGUGGAAUCUGUCUAUCGGGUCGCAGGGUUCGCUGCUUGGACAGCUACAAAUUCGCGCGACUUCCAGUUCAAUGGUCGCUGGCUAGACGAGUUUCCGGCAGGCCUAUCGACGUCCACAUGGGACUCAUUCCGUCGCAUUUCCUUGUCUCAAAACAGUUUUAUCAUGGUGAGAUUCAUCGAAAUUCGCGACAAGUACGAAACUUCUGUUGAAAAUUAUUUUUUUGAAAUGUUAAAAAAAAGGAAUUUGCAAAAAAAUGGUCUUUCUGAAAAAGUCUUCAAUUUUUCAUACUCCUAUUGAAAAUAUAUAUUGAAGGUCAUGAGAUCAAUAUUUCGAAACAAACUGACAAGUUAUAAUAUGACUCUCCGCUUUCUACACAUAGUCUUUUUCAUCCAGACCAUCCUCUGCUCUUUCAAAACCCCUCAUGGUUCCGAGGAAGCUGCGACCUUCAAGAAGUCUGCAAAGAGUUUUUCAAAGAACAGUCCCUGCUACGCCCUGGUAACUAUUUUAUCUAUUUCUAGUAUGAAUUGCUCUUAUUCAGGCAUGUUCGUGAUAUUCUCUCCGCCGUGGCUCAAUCCAGACCCCUCAGAACAUCGUCCUUACUUUCUCAUGAUGGUGACCAGGAACAUGGAAGAGGCUGACGAUUCAGAGCUCACAGGUCAUUAUCACAAAUCUCAAGAAUUCAAUUAACAUCCAGACUUCGAGCAAAUGGGAGAGGAUAUUCAGGAAAGACUUCGAAGAGCUCCUGAAGGGCUACAGGUGUGAAAGAAAACUUUCUCCAGCGCAGAAAUAUUUCUAUUAGAUGUCACCUGAAGAAGCGCGAGACGAGGAAGUUGAAGAGCAAGCCAAAGCUGUUGCAAAGAAGCUCUUGCCGAUGUUCCUCACAAUCCAAAGGUCCAGCUUCGGACAUUUUGAACUAUUCGGAGACCGCUACUGGACCCUUUUCGACCUGGUUUUCCAUCUGGCCAACCAUCAGUCGGCCCUUCCUCAUCGGCUCAUUUACCAGCGCGUUUCAAUAAGUUCGGUAAGUACAAUUUUUUUUCCUCCUAUGUUUAUUAGGUAUGAAGUUCUUUGGAACUAAUAUAGAAAGUACCUUCUAAUACAAGUUGACGAAACAUAGACAUUUGGCCUCGGAAUGAUGUUUCAGGUGAGGAGAGAAUCGGUUCCGAAGCCCGUACUCCACGUGGAACGAGACUUUGCUGCUCAACCAAUGGCUUCCGAACAAUGGGCCGCUAAUUAUUACGAACAGGUUCUUAAUUCAACUUUUGAAUCUAUUUCUAAUCUCCGAUCUUCUCUACCUCUAUGAAAUAGGUGACAAGUCGAUUUCUUCAAUCGGAAAAGUUCAAAUGUGUUACUCGAAUGGCCCUGGAUCCAACGAAAAAGGAGCACAAGAGAGUUGUCUACACACCAGGUUUCUCACACCGACCUUUUUUGUCAAUCCAAAAAACGUUUCAGAAGUCCCAGCCACUAUCUUCAAAGAGGCUUCCUGCUUCUAUGAUACUUUCAAAAAACCAAAAGAUCGUAAGCCAAGCGAGGACGGAUCGGUGAGUUUAGUGAGGAAGAAGAAGCAUACAAUUUUUGUGUUAAGUCGGAAACCCAGACGAAGUCUUGGUCGGGCUUCCCUAAACAACAUACUGUAAUCUAUUCUGAAAGUCCUUUCUACUUGGAACCAAGGAACGUGGUGAGACUUCUCCCCCUAGUACCUCCCUCAUGUGGUUCUUAAAGACAGGAACUUCGUCUACCCUCGGAUCUGGCGCUUUUGGAACUGUGGUCAUCGGAAACCUGAAGGUUUCAGCUCGAACUUCCCAUGAAUAGAUCUUUUCAGACAGCCCAUUCCACUUUUGAAGUAGCCAUCAAAAAGAUCAGCAUGCAAAUACCUGAAAAACAGCAACGUGAACUCUGGUACAACGAAGUUGCUAUUCUGCAAGUGAGUGAAACUUUUGAUAAUUGUUGAAAAUGCAUCUUUCCGACCGUUUCCCAUCCUAACGUGGUGACAUUCUACGGCUUCACCCUUUUAAGGCAAAACCAAUCGGUUUUAAUGGUUUUCGAAUUGAUGGAUGACUCCUUGGAUAAGUUUGUUGAGGUAACAGAAUGUCAAAUCUGGAGCUCAUACGUGUUUUAGAAAUGCGGCGCGAAAAUUUCGGAGAACGAGCAGGUGGAUCUGAUGCAGCAAAUCUGUCGCGGGAUGGACUAUCUCCACUCGAUGAGCCCUCCGAUAGUUCAUGCCGAUCUGGCCGCCAGAAACGUGCUCUUGAGGGAGCAUCACUUUGAACCUCAAAAGUUUGAAGAAACCUCUUUAUUUUUGCUAUUGGAGCCUCAAAUUAAUACUAAUCUUCCGUUUUCAUAACUCUGCGAUUUUUAAAAAAUGCAUAGGGAAGCUAGAAAUUCUUAGAUGAGAGCUGUAUGUGAUUUUUUUCUAAAUUCAACUGAAGUGUGACAUGACAGGCUCGUUGCCAAAAUCACGGACUACGGACUUUCGAAACCAGCGAGAGACGAGACAUUCGCCACCUACGACGACCCCAACAAGAUCCCUUUCAAGUGGUUGCCGCCGGAAGUUCUCACUCAGCGCGAGCUUUCUCCAAAGACCGACGUCUGGUCGUUCGGUAUGGUCUGCUUCGAGUUCUACGGCAUCGGCGAGCCCUACGGAGUCCUUCCUGCGGCCAAAGUCUACAACUUCCUUAACGGUAUUCCGUUCUUCUGAUACAAUCGCCCGAUUCACUCCUCAGAUGGGUAUCGCUUUGAAAAACAAAACAAUAUGCCUUCUUAUAUUUACGAAAUAACGCUCGAAUGCUGGAGAAAGCAGCCUGUCGACCGUCCAACGUUUGCGUAUGUUAAUUCAAUAUGAUAAUAUUCUCUUCCCUUUUACUUUUUCAGAGAAAUAGAGAGAAGACUCCGAAAAUUUUACAUAGAAAAUGAAAAAGAAGAUAUUCUAAUGCAAGAUGUAAGGAAAAGUGUUCUGAAUGAAAGAAAAAAUAUGAAAAUAAGAGAAGAAAUGGAAAAGCAAAUAAGAGGUUUGUGA